AUGGAGGCCAGCUCGGCCACGAAGCAAGGUGCAAUUCUCAAGCAGGUAGAGUAUUAUCUCUCAGAUGAAAAUCUGCGAAAGGACGCGUUCUUCAGCAACCUGCUUGCCAAGAACCAUGGAUGGAUUGCAGUUGACCCUUACAUUCUCUCCUGCAACAAGAUCAAGGCACUUGAUGCAGAUGUCGAAGAAAUCCUACAGGCCCUUCGUGGCUCCAGUGCCCUGAGAGUGGACAGCGCUUCUGGUCAAAUUCGGCGGCAAGUUCCGUUUGAACCAGGUGUGGACAAAGGCAAAGGUGGCCAAAAGGGCAAGGAUGGCAAGGGCUUCAAAUGGUCGGACAAGGGCUUCAAAGGCAAAAGCUCGGAUGGAACCGCUUUGCACAGCUGGGCAGCCGACGUGGACGCUCGAGCAGCACCGGUUUAUGAUCGCACUGGGCCAUGCGGUUAUUUCAUGGCUGGCUAUUGCCAGUACGGCAACAGAUGCCAGGUGCAGCAUUGUGUAGAUUACGCGGAGGCGAUCAGGCACGAGUGGCUGCAUCCAGGAGACCCGGGUGCACGAAGGGCUCUGCAGGCAGCCGCCUCGAAGCUGCUGGGAGAGCAGGAUGCUCAAAACUUGUUCCCGCGUGUCUUCUCCCACAAGCUUCACUGCAAGCAAGCCGCUGCGCAGUCGGCAGAUGACUUGUCAGACUUGGGAUUCCAGUGGAGCCCAGACAGUGGUGGGACUUCUGAAAGCACGACUGCUUUGCAAAGGCCCGGGCGUUGGACGCGAAAGCCUGCCGCAUCCAGAGCACCGCUUGAGCCUUGCGGUUGGCCAGAGCCCUCUCAACGGAUCCGGUAUUUUCUCGUCUUCGACCUGGAAGGCAAGCACGAGAUCAUUGAAUUUCCAGUGCUGUUGAUCGACGCUGUAGCUAGGAAAGAAAUCGGACGAUUUCAGCGAUUUGUACGCCCAACAAUGCUGUUCGAUGGCUGCCCUGUCAUGGACACGCCAGCCGUGCCCUUCCCCGAAGUUCUGUCAGAGUUUAGUGCUUGGCUUUCAAAGAGUAUUGGUCGAGGACUUGAGGAUCUUGGUAGUUCCGAUGCAACGGAUGUUGCUUUCGUGACGUGCGGCGACUGGGAUUGCAAGCACAUCAAGACCCAGUGCGGUAUUUGUGGUGUGCCAUUUCCCGCGGCAUUCCGCCAGUGGAUAAACAUAAAGCGUUCAUAUGCAGACGAAUAUGGAGGCGAAUUUCGAGGCAUGAAGAGUAUGCUUGCAAAACUCCGCCUGCUCGACAGGGAUGGCAAUCCGAAGCACGGCUUCCACCACCUAGGUAUGCACGAUGUGGAAAACAUCGCUCGACCUCGCACACGCUCGGUCUCGGCCAAUGGAGCCCAGACCCAGUACAGCCACAAGCUCGGCCAGCUCCCAAUCGAACCCGGCCGACUGGAAGAGCUGGUAGCCGCCAACCUCAGCCAGUGGGUUUACCGUGCAGAUGAUGUCUCCGAGCCACUGCCAGAGAUUCCUGGAAUUUCUCUCGUUGCAGAAAGCGUGUGCGAAGACUUGCGCACCGGAAGUGUGAAAAUGGCCCUCGUCACUGCUGAACUACCUGGAAGACACCGGACUCUCUUUGUGGUAUUCAAAGGCAGCUCAUAUUUGCUUGACUUCAUCAACUGGAACCUGGAGCAUGACUAUGAAGUCAUCGGGGAUGGCAAAAAUUUCAUGCACAAAGGCGCGGCUGGAAUCAUGCGCAACCUUUUUUUCCUCAAGGUCCAGCCAACGUCCACUUUUGCAAAGCAGUUGGACUCUGCUUACAGCAGCGGGGUUCGACAUUUGGUUUUAACAGGCCACUCUCUUGGUGGCAUGUAUGCCAUGUCUGGCAUGUACUUCAUCUGGAAGGAGCUACAGACUCUCCUCCCAGAGCGCAGCCGCCUCAGAGGCUCAGGUCGAACGCUGCUUCAUUCGGCGCGCUGCGUCGCUUUCGGUGCGCCCAUGUGCCUGAUACUGCUAAGUUGUGCCAGAGGAUGCAAGCACUCCAGGUUCGAGGCCUUUCUCAAAGAGAAGGCUGUGAACUUCAUCAAUGCAGGGGACCCUUGCCCCCGCGCCUGGUCUGCCGUGGACCCACGAGCAGUGAUCCGGGAAGCUGCAGAGGCCAUGAAAGAGCAGCUCAAGGAGCGAAACAUGGUGAGCCGGCAGAUUGCCACCCGAGUGAUCCAGGCUCUCUCCAGCGCUCUGCUGGCGAGACCCGACAUGGACCGGCACAUUGCAGGGUGCGCAGAGGGCUUUCUGCAUCUCGCCAGCCUCCGGCUCCUCAGUCGAGAGGACAGAUCCACCUUCCAUUGGCAAAGAGAUUUCCGUCUCAGCCGGCAUGGAUUUGCAGAGCAUGCAAUGAGUGAGUACUGCGACUUACUUUUUGAUGCCUGCUAUGCCGACAACCCCAUCUGUCACAUGUACGAUGACGACGAAGCUGGCACAAAGGUGCCUCUGACUCGCAUCAGACCGAGCUUUGUGGCCCGGCUGCGCCGAUCGGAUUCCGAGUUAAAGGCACCGACGGAGUCGGAGCUGGCAGAGUCCACAACCACAGUGACUUCGCUGGCAUCUACGGCUGCGGUCCCAGAUCAGCCGUCACUGCGGGAGCUGGUCGAUGCAGUCGAGCAUGGCAGGAUGAGCGAACUGGAUGGGAAGUCUGUCUUCGAGGCUCUGUUGAGCUACAAAGCCAAGGCAACUGCUCAGGGUCACUUCUGCCUCGGCUCAGUCUGGAUCCGCCUGGAAGAUCCGAUUCCAAGGGAUACGGUGACUAAGGCAAUCCACAAGUACCAGAACACCUGGCCAGAGACUCUCGAGGCAAAGGGCCGCCUGCAGAUGUCCUUGCGGGAAGCGCAGCUCUUACUGCUGGCAUUGGAUGCCUACGCAUCACACAAGGCCCAGGGCGGCGAAGUGUCAGAGAAGGCACGGUCCUGGCAUUCACGGCGGCCCUCUUCACGAUCUGUCUCCGAGUCCAACGAAGGAGCUGUCAGCAGCUUCUGGAGGAAGCCCUCGAUCAGCUCAUCGAUGCUGGGCUUCAGACCUUGGCGAAGACAUGGCUAG